GGGAGUUGAAGCAAAGUGAUCUCGCGAAGCGGCCUACUCGCUGCUCUCUUCACUCGUGUUGUGGCGCCGACGAAGUGCACACGGACGUUCCUGUUCAUCAGUCAGUGCCGGCAAGUGGUGUGUACGGAACGUUCGGUCUCCCAGUCUCGGCACAGAGGAAGAGGAAGCGGCUCGAGUUCUCUCACACCGCGAGCACCAGUCAUGGGCGGAUAUGCAUGGGUUACACUAGCUACAAACGAUGCCUACUCUCUGGGAGCAUUGGUCCUGGCGCAUUCUCUACGCCGGGUCGGCACCAAGCACGAACUGGCUUGCCUGAUCACCCCCGGUGUUACGGCGAUCAUGAGGGAAAAAUUGGCGGAAAUAUUCUCCUUUGUACAAGAAGUCAAUGUUCUCGAUUCAAAGGACGAAGCGAAUCUGGCCUUGCUAGCUAGACCAGAAUUGGGUAUAACUUUUACCAAAUUGCAUUGUUGGAGGUUAACUCAGUACGAAAAGUGUGUAUUUGUCGACGCGGAUACCCUUGUCGUACGAAAUUGCGAUGAGUUAUUCGAGCGAGAAGAGUUAUCAGCUGCGCCCGAUGUCGGCUGGCCUGACUGUUUCAAUUCCGGAGUAUUUGUGUUCAGACCAUCUCAACAAACGUUCGCGUCAAUCAUUGCAUUCGCCGCCGCCAAGGGCUCGUUCGAUGGCGGUGAUCAAGGCUUAUUGAACAUGUACUUCAGCGACUGGGCCACUAAGGAUAUCUCUAAGCAUCUGCCGUUUAUCUACAAUAUGUGUUCCACCGCAACAUACUCGUAUCUUCCCGCAUUUAAACAAUUCGGCGACGACGUAAGAAUAAUACACUUUAUCGGCAUAACGAAACCGUGGUUACAGUAUUUCGAUACUUUGACCGGUACCGUCCAACCCCCACCAGGAUCUGCACAUUUGCAAUCGCUGUUGCAACUAUGGUGGAAUAUAUUCUGCGAACGAGUGCAUCCUCAACUGACGCCUUCCAUGGCCACCAGCACAUUGGCUCCAAUUUGGCACGCAUUUGCUCUCCCAUCCUACGUACCUCCCUUUCCUAGAGAAAUCUCCAAUUACUCCGACGAAGCAAUCCGCAAUACGUACAACUCUCGGACACCGGAUUUCUCCGAAUUUAAAGACCCUUGGGAGGAAUACUCUCCACGGAACGAUUCGUUUUUGACCGAUGGUAGCGCACUGAGUGGCAAGGACAACAGUUGUUACUGCGAAAUUAAGUACGAGAAAGAGCCGAUUUGUCAAAGUGAUCACAAUACAUCUCAACCCGAACACAAUAAACAGUUUCAUCACGAGCAACAGCAUUCUUCUUGCGCGUCUAUACAAAAGCACGAUCAAUAUCAAGAACAUGUGAUUUCUCAUUCUGAAGAAAAUAAUCAAGAGCAUUUUGUACAGCAAACUGAACAUCAUACCUGGCAGCAGUUUAGUGAACAAAGAUAUCACGUUGAACAAUAUCAGCAUAAUGAACAAUAUCAGUGGAAGGAACAGAGACAUCAUCAUGUACAUCAACAUCACGAGCCAAGGCAUCAUAAUGAGCAUCAUCAAUAUCAUGAAAACAAAGCGAGCGAUUAUCAUGUUCAGCAUCAACUAGUUUACGAACAACAGCCUACUGAAGUGAGACACGAGACUCGCGCGCAACACUAUGCUGAUAGUGGUCAAACUAGUCAUCAAGAUGCAGACCAUCACAGUCAUAUUAUAUCUCAUAACGAGUCUCACGCGCAGCAUAUUAAUAGUCAUCAUGCUCAGGAUAAUUUUGCAUCUCACUAUUGUCGAUGUAAGGAACAACAUAGUGAACAAGUGUCGGAAGCUGUAAAUAAGCAGACAGACACACGGAGAAUCGAUUUCCUUCCUUCUCCCUCUCCUAUACCUUGUACAGAUCUCCACAAUGUAGCCACGCGAUCCGACCCGAAAGUAACGGAACAUCUAGACAAUGCAAAUGCGGGUAUUGCCGGUGCCUUGGCUCAAAUAACUUUGGGCGAGGCGAGGAGCGCCGAACAAAUAGCCCUGGAGGAGCACAUGAGGAAGCAGAGUUGGGAGCAAGGACAGAUCGACUACAUGGGUCGCGACAGCUUUGACAAUAUAUGGAAGAAGAUCUGCGAGACACUCUCUCUCGUGCCGCAACGGCAGCUGACUCCACCUAAAGAGGAUAUCGCUAUUUCUGAGCCUGCUGUAACACAGACUGUUGAUGCAUCUGUAAGUGUCGAAGUGGAAAAAUCAGCCGUUGAGGCAGACAAGGAUCCAACGCAAUGUCUAGUAUGUGAAAUUCCCAAAGAGGAGAAGCUUCCCAUGGCGCAAAUUCCCGAGCAGGAAGCACCCGUGUUACCUUCUGGCGAGAGCGUCACGGUAGAAACCGCUGCAACAAAAGUCGCCAGCGAGCCGGUACAAUUGGAAGCCGUUUGUGUGAAACCGACAACGGAAUCAAAGGAUGUAAAAGUAUGCGAAAUCGAAGUGCCUCCGCCGAAGCUACCGGUAGAACCGCUGCCCGCGAAAAUAAUUUCAGAAUGUAAACUCGCGAGUCCGCAGGCCACGCAAGAAACAGCGCCUCAAAGCGAAUCUCUUCUCGAAACGAAAGAACCGCAACAAACUGAUUUGCAGGUAUCUACGUACCUCUUGGCGGACGCGGUCUGCAAACUUGUGCAGGUAGCUACGCCGGUUGCGAAAAUUGAUGAUACAUCAGCGCCUAUCGAGGCCAAACCAGAGACCCCAACUUCGGUCGUUCCAGACGCGACGCAGUCUGCAACUUUGAUUAGUCCGCAGGUUACUGUUCCUUCUGUAGCGAGCGAAGCGCCGAUGGAAGACGCCGCGAAACGUGUAGUCGAAUCCAUGCCUGACGUAACGCAGCCUCUAACGAUAGAUCCAAGCGAGCGACACGCGGAGAUGCUGUUAGCGGCAUCCGAAAUCUCCACCGUGAGUCCUGUGCCUAUUCAAGUGGCGGAAUCGGUUCUUCAGGCGGAACCCAAGGAGUCCGUAUUGGACGCAGCCGUGACCGUGAGCGAUCAAGCGAUCGCCACGACGGUCACGGCAGUGCACGAGUUCACGGAUGUUGCAUCUGUGCCGACUCCAGUGGAAUCUGUUCAGUUGAACGGGUCGGCUUGCGAGGCUGAGAAACGCGGCGAUGUCACGACAAUGGCGGCUAUAAUUCCCGAUACACCGGAAAAGACUGAUGCUCCUAUGACAACUGCGGCUGUAAUUCCCGAUAUACCGGAAAAGACUGAUGUUCCUGCAGAAGUAACCAAGGCAUCAAUCUUGCUCACAACUAAGAAUGUGCCAUCAGAGCCACCGAAGGUCACUGAAGAAAAGAUAUUAGGUGAAGUAGUGCCUUCAGAAGCAUCAUCUGUGGAAAAAUUAGCAGAACAAGUUGCAAGAACAGAAGCGAAAUCUCCAGAACAAAUGGCGAAAAUCGAAGAAACAAAACCUGCAGAACUGAUUAUAAAGAUGGAAACGACGGAAACGAAACCUCCAGAGCAGAAAAUAGAAGCGAUGAAAGAAGAAUCUGUAGUGAAAACGGAGGUAGCAGAAGCGAUCGCGAAACAACCGGAAACAAUUACGCAAGCGGAACCAGCGCUAGAGGCAAUGCCUACCAAACAAGCCGAAGUAGCGGAAGCAGAGAGAUUGCCGAGUCAAGUUCCAGGAUCGCCGAUUCAAGUUCCGGGAUCGCCAAUCCAAGUUCCGGGAUCGCCGAUCCAAGUUCCGGGAUCGCCGACCCAAAUUCCGGAAUCGCCGACCCAAGUUCCGGAAUCGCCAACCCAAGUUCCGAAAUCACCGAUUGCCGAACAGAGCUCGCCGAUGGAAUCCAUUGAAGCAAAACCGUCAAGCAUCCCAUUGACGCCGAUGGUGACCGAGGCGCCUAGUCCAUCCGUGGAGAGCACACAGGAGGCGGAAGAAACUGCGAAGAAAAGUCUAAAAAAAUCUGAUUCAGCUGAAGGCGCCGAUGGAGAGAGUGCAGACAAGAAAGGGGCGAAGAAGGCGGUAAAGAAAGUGACGAAGAAACCGAAGACGAAGGCCGAUGAGGCGGUAUCUUCAACUGCGACGGAGGGCGUUACCGCGGACAGUUCACAAAAGGCGAAGAAGACCGUAAAGACAACGAAGAAGAUCGGCACGAAGACCUUGGAGACCGAUACAAGCGUGCCGGAAACACCGCCACCGUCAUCAGCCGACGCCGUUGGCCCCGACACCCCUGUUCCGCCCAAGCGGAAAACAAAGAGCACGAAUGCGAAGGGAACAACCGGCAAGAAAGAAGCAGAAGAAUAACCGGUUGAUUCAAGUCGACAAUAACCUCGAACAGCGCGGAAGUCCAAGAGACCAGAAGAUAUUUCAAUGAAAAAAGAAUCUUCAUUCUUUAAAAGGAUGAGAUUUAGCUCGCGCUGAACGAAAAAUAUACAUCGAGAAAAACUUUAAUCCUUCCGAGAUUCCGCAUUCUUAGAAGACUAAGUAUUUUUGCACAAAUACCUUUUUUUACAGUUUUCUUAAGAUAAGAAAUUCCCCACGAGAUUCGAUUAGUGAUCUGGUUAGCUGCAAAGCGUAGUAGACACAAAGCUUGUCGCGACCUAAUCCGAAUGUUGUCUCGGAAGGAUUAAGGACGUAUGGCACUAGAAGAUCACACUCGCUAGUCUUUUAUGGUUUUUUUUUAUACUUUUAAUAUAUCUACGCAAGAAUUUCUAUAUCAUCGUUGAGCUCGCCGCGUUUAUUGCGGAAAUAUCGAGUGAUACCGAGAGUUUAAUCAACGCCGCCAUAAAUUCGUAUUUAUAUACGAGCUACAUUACGCUAUUUGUCUUUUCUUUUCUGUUUCUUUUUUUAAUUAACGAUAUACUCGCUUCUCCCCUAUGGUUUGUUCCUAUCUAUGUUCUUAGAUAUAAUAUUUGUGUAAUUAUCAUUUCCUCGAGCCAAUAUUGUUCGGGAUAGAUCUCGAAUGAUGCAUGAUCUGUCUCGUUUGAGCAACGCGAGUUCGAGCAUCUUACCCCGAGCAAGCAUUUUAUAUUUGUUUACCCGCUUUAAUGAAUCUGAUAGAACGUGUUGACAAAAAAGGAAAAAGGAAUCCAGCUGAUUCCGAUUGAUCCCGUGUGAAGUCACGUUUUUCAAAUCUAUGAAAAUUUUGCGAUCAGAACUUUUUUUUCUCUCUUUCUAUCUUACGUUUUAUUAUAUUAAAUAAUUUAUUUUCUGCGCCAUUAUGCUUCAAAUCGAAGAGCGAAGUUCACAUUUUUUAUUUAUAUGCAAUAUGUAUUAUCUUUGCAAUAUAUAGAAUCUUGUUAUAUGAAAUCUUGUCACAUGAAAUAAUGAAUAAGAAGAAGAUCCAGUCACGGAUUCGAUUAUAAUUUCAUCAGAUAGAAAUAGAUAGAUAGAUAGAUAGAUAGAUAGAGAGAGAGAGAGAGAGAGAGAAAAUAAUAAUUCAAUAUACACACCGGGAGCAAUAUAACGCUGCGAAAAUUAAGAUAUUACGAGAAAUCUUAGCGGCUCAUUUUUUGUAUACUCAUAUAUAUUAUAUAUUAUUAUAUAUUAUAUAUAUUAUAUAUUAAAUUAUAUUUUUCAGUGUGUAUUUUUACUCUGUCUCGUUGACAUUUUUGGAAAAAUGUUCAUCUUUAUCAUAAUAUAUGUAUAUACAAAUAACGAAUUUCUUACUCUAAUUUAGAUUUAAGCAGAUCAAGCAGCUCUUUCUGAAUGCACUACUUCAUGCACUCUGAUCUUUCGAGAAAAUUCAACUCAACUGAUUGCAAUAUAUAAUAUAACGCAAUUGAAAAAAACGCUUUCUAAUAAUAAUGAAAAAGUCUUUGUCAAUCUGUUCGUAAGGAAUAAAUUGUAGGAAAUAUUCCAAAGACGCAGUGUAAAAUUUGUAACAAGACUUAUCAAUAAAACACAUGUCGUCGAUGAUAUACAUAUUAUCGUUAAAAA